AUGCCACUCCAGGAAUCCUUCAGCCUCGAGUCCGCCAAUUAUUUCAAACACAAACUCACUCGCGACAAGGAUAGCCAAGCAGUGUUCUGGAUGUCCAGCUUUGGCGAAAGCGUUGCUCGCUACAGGAAUGCGGGCGUCACAUAUGGCCUCGGGUCGUGGGGAUACACUGUCCUGCGAACCGCCUCUUCGGACGAGGCGGAUGCGCUCUGGCCGAUGGCGAUGGAGAAGCUGAAGCGCUGGGCCACACGGUACUUUGUUCACUAUACCCGUUUCAUUGACGGCAAGCCGGAUCCGUCAGCCAACGAAGAUAUCGCGAGCCGCUUUGCCCUGGAUGUUCUGGACGAUGUAUACACGGUGGCGGAGAUCCAGGCGCUGAACCUCCCCCGUGACCUCUCACAGGCAAGCCAGGAGGACAUCAGGUUAUGCGACUUCCUGGUUAUUGAAGGGACACUUCGCUCUCUUGCCAGACUCCUCGAUGAGACGCCGCCAUUGGAUAUAGCUCGUACCGCACUCUAUGGCCAUGCCUACGUUUGGCUGGUCGACUCACAGGCUAGGCUCACGAGGUUGAACUAUGAAUGCUGGUUUUCUUGCUCGCCGCAAGAGCGAGCUGGGGUCGGGAACUGGUGGUUUCGGCCUUCUUAG